AUGGAACGACCAAAAUUUACGCCAAAGCAUCUGGCUGCAGAUGCUGUACUUGACUACCCUCCACUUUCCGGACGGAAUGCCCAGCCCUGGAUCCCCAUCAUCACAUGUCCUGCAAAUUUUCCAAUCGAACUCUUUGAGAUAGCUAUAUCUCAGCUAAUUCAUCACCCAGAAUAUAACUCUACCCUCAUCCUCCGAUCGGAAGUCGUCGAAGACGUCACGGAAGAUUUUCCAUCAUCCAUUCCUUCGCUCGAAGGGUACAUCCCUGUAAGAAAUAUACAUCGCAAACUUCUCCCAAGGCGACCUACACGUGACGCAGGACUGGAGCAGCACUGCACACUGUAUCUUGCCUCUGACUUGCCAUCCGACUCUGAUGGUCCUCCCUCGCCAAGUCUCGUCUUGACACCCAUCGUUGCACCGGAUACCCCACUCCCAUAUUAUCACCCUACAGUAUCUCAUCUAGCGUUCCGCUACGUUUCUUCCUCCCAAUCUCUUCGCAUCGAAGCCCUCCCGCUUGCCGGUACUCCGCUUGAUUUCUCAUCACGCCUCCACCGAACUUGUCUCGCCCUUCUCGAAACGCUUCACCGCUACGGCUGGGGCGCACAAACACAAUACAAGAAACGAGUUACACAUGACUGUCUGGUGAGCCGGGAGACAUACCAGGAUUUGUAUCUCGUGAUGAGGGAAAGGCACAAGCACCUUGUUGGGGAGUGGAAAGAGGUUACGGAUCCAUUGAAGCAUGUUUUUGAGGAUAUUGGCAUCGCCACGUUCUUGAUUCUUCUGUGGAAAGAAACCUACGAGCCGUCAAGCGCUCCGAAUGAGACCACUACCGGCAUCAAGGAUGACUACGACACUGAGCCGUGGAAGCAAUGGCCCCGUCCACCAGGUGGUUUUGUGGAUCUAGGCUGUGGCAACGGCCUCCUUACGCACAUCCUCAUUGCAGAAGGCUAUUUUGGUGUCGGCAUUGACCUCCGUGCGCGCCUGUCAUGGUCGCAUUAUCCUGCAUCUACCCAGGCGGCGUUACACAUCGAAGCCCUCGACCCUACCAUUUAUGCCACCCCUCCCUGCCCUCCGGAUUCUUCCACAGUGACCGAAACGCUCACCAAGGACACAGCCUCACGCCUCGAAAGAGGGUGUUUCAUCAUCGGAAAUCACGCGGACGAACUGACGCCUUGGAUCCCCGUUCUUUCCACGUUGUGCGACGCCUCAGGAUAUUUGUCUAUACCAUGCUGCGCCUGGGUGUUCGACGCCAAGUACGAGCGCUCGAGGGACGUUCCCUAUCCUUUACCGCUAAACACCGUCGAGGUUAAUUCCGCGACUACGAACGGAGGCACCCUCGAUCCACAAACCGAGGCAAUCACCUCUGAUACAGACGAGCACCCCUCACAACAAGAAAUCCUCUCCAAAUUUGCAGAUUCCCUAAACCUAGGUGGAGACGCAACAAAUUCGAAUUCAAGCUCGUACUCCAUGUAUAGAAUCUGGCUUGCGUCGUUGAGCGUUCAUUGUGGUUGGAAAAUAGAGUGCGAGACAUUAAGAAUUCCAAGCACGAGGAAUUGGGCUAUCGUUGGGAGAACAAGGCUAGAGCACAGUGAAGAGGAAAUGGAGGAUUAUAAGGAGCGAGCGGUAAGUAUCGUGGAUGAUGUUAGGAGAAGAGGAAUGUUCAAGACGAGACGACCGGAGGGGAAAGCCGGGGAUCAUUGAUC